CCAGAACUGAAACCCUAGCCACUUCAUUCUAUAUAUUCUAUCAUACUCCAAACCCUAUUCUCCAAUCUACCAGACCAAAAUGUCGAAGCGAGGGCGCGGAGGAUCGGCGGGGAACAAGUUCCGGAUGUCACUGGGUUUGCCGGUGGCGGCGACGGUGAACUGCGCCGACAACACGGGGGCAAAGAAUUUAUAUAUUAUCUCCGUCAAGGGCAUCAAGGGUCGCCUCAACCGUCUGCCGUCGGCUUGCGUGGGUGAUAUGGUGAUGGCCACUGUGAAGAAGGGGAAGCCCGAUCUCAGGAAGAAGGUCAUGCCUGCUGUCAUCGUACGUCAGCGCAAACCUUUUCGCCGAAAGGACGGGGUUUUCAUGUACUUCGAAGAUAAUGCUGGAGUUAUAGUCAACCCCAAGGGUGAAAUGAAAGGUUCGGCUAUUACAGGUCCAAUUGGGAAGGAAUGUGCAGAUUUGUGGCCUAGAAUUGCAAGUGCAGCAAAUGCCAUUGUCUGAUGAUAGAUCUUCAAGUGUUGUGUUUUGUUUUGAGACCUCUUUUGCUUUCUCAUUUCAGACUAAUCAAUUAGAUAAAGUUUUGAACUUGGUGUAUUAUAACUUUCAAUGGUUUCGAGUUUGUCCAUCUUGGUGGAUUUUGAACAUAUUCUCUCAUCUCAAAGACUAUUUAUUCUAUGAGUAUCAAACAAAGUCUACACAAAUUAAAUUGCUAAUUUACAA